AUGUACAUGACAGGUCGCACCUACCACAUCUUUUGCGACUCGGAAGGGGUGGGGCAACACUUGACUGUGGCCCUGACCGUGGCCCUGCUGGCACACGCUAUUCAACGACCCGAUACGGACAGUCAAACUUUGACCAGUCUCUUAUCCGCUCUGAAUGUCACCAGCAACGCCGAUGAUGCCCUGCUCAACAUGCUGGCCCUACCUUCCGUCCACGACGUGAUUGUCAGUUGCCGCCAACUUUCUGAAAGCUGGAGUAGCUCGGAUCGCCGUCUUUUGCAAGUUGUGCAAGACAAGAUUUCGGCGCUGCAUGUUCACGCAGACGCAGACACACCCCCAGUUGAGCCACUGCAGGCUUCCUCACAGGACAUUCCUGGUUCAGUCACCAACGCACAGCCUGCCGAUCCCUCUUCUGUUUCGGAACAGCCUCCAUCCCAAACCGUUCCCGAAGCGCAGGGCCAUGGCCGCUCAGAUGCCCAUCCACCUGCCUUGGGCUUUGCAGAUGUCGAGAGUAUUGUCGAGGACACAUGGCGUCAGAUCCGUGCCCAAAUUCUUGCCUCAACCCCAGCACAGCCCGUCGUGGAGAAGGAUCGCCGAUUAUGGCGCGAUGUUCGCGUCUUUGUCUCAAGCACCUUUGCUGACAUGUUCUCAGAGCGUGAAGUGCUCGUUCGUCAGGUUUUUCCACGGCUGCGUGCUUGGGGUGAAGCGCGUCGUCUUCGCAUUAUCGACUGCGAUUUGCGUUGGGGUGUUCCGAAGGAAUCAUCACCAGAGACUGUGUUUCGCGCUUGCCUCGGCGAGCUCGACCGCUGCAUCGAGGCGGAGACCAACCCCUUUUUCAUCAACCUGCUGGGUCAUCGUUAUGGAUGGGUCCCCUCGGACAGCGAGCUUCCAGCCUCCAUUGCCACUCAGUAUGAUUGGCCAAGUAACAUCUCCAUUACCCACAUGGAGAUUUUGCACGGUGCUAUGCGCACCGGCAAUCCGAAUGCCGCCUUCUUCUUCCGUCGCCGCGAAGCUUUGUCCAACAUACCCGAGAGCUUCCUGCCCCGCUUUGUAGAUAGUUCCAAGCUGGGUCAAGUUGCGCUCAACCGACUCAAGGAGGAGCUGCGCACAGCGUUUGGGGAUCGCUGCCACGAUUACGAUGCAGAAUUUGAGCGCCUUGAUGAUAGCACGGGAACUGAAAAAGCCUUGCUUCAUCGAUUGGACGGCCUGGCUGAGGAUGUUUUCCAAUUUCUCACCAAGGCUCUCGAAGCACAAUAUCCUCUGAUGGAGGGUGACCCAAGCAUGGUUGAGGAGCUGGCUGCACCCUCUGAACGCGUGCUUGCAGAACAAGAACAUAAUCACAUUGGGCGCGACGACGAAAUUGCCAGAGUUGUUGAGUACUGUCGCGAGCCCGUUGAUGAUGAGCAUCGCCCCAUCAUGACCUUGAGCGGACCACCUGACCCAAAGGACAUUGCUCUGCAACUGCUGGUCAAGUGCGCCGAAACGACUCAAGAAGCCAACCACGUGCAAAACGUAUGGGUUUUGACAUAUCUCAGUUUGGGCACAGUUUUCAACACAUGUCAUUUCUAUGUGCAAUUGCUAAAAGACGAUGCUGACGGCAAGUUUGCAGCCAGUCUUGUGGAAAUGUUUCGGAAGGCCCUUGCACGCCGGUCAUCCUCGGAGCUUCCCCUGGUAUUACUGGUCGCCAACCUUGACCUGUUGGUGAUUGGUAGUGAAAUUUUGCAAUUGCUCUUUCUCAACGGUGACCGGCUGAGGGUAGCCAUGAGCAUUGAUCAUGGUGCACUGGCUCAGGCGGAUGUUGACGAGGCGAUUCGAAUGCAGAAAACAGUGCACUCAAGGCUGACAGAAGGGCUGCACCGGUUGGCCAAAGCCUCCAUCGACUCUGUUGAAAAUGAAGAGUCUGCCAAGCAACUACCCAACACUGGCAUCACAGAUUUUGGACUUGCGCCGUUGGAUCGUUCCGAGCGCCAGCUUGUCAUUGAGCGCUUGCUUGGUGCCUACAAUAAGCAACUCGAUGACGAGCAGAUGACGCUUCUGCUAGACAAUCCAGGCUCCCACAACUUUUUCUGGCUGACCGCAGUGUGCGAAGAACUUCGCGUCUAUGGUGUGUUCGAGACGGUUACGACCCGUAUCCGCCAGUUACCGCCAGAAGUACCGGCGUUGUGUCUUCAAAUUUGGCAGCGCGUGGAGCAGGAGGAUCGCUCCGGCCUGCUCAAGGAGGCGGCCUUGUACAUUGCUUCUCUUUUUACUGGCGUCACAGAGGAUGAGCUUUUGGACGUUCUCUUCCCAUUUUACUGUGAGUACUUGGAGACAAUUGGACAGCCCGUCGCAAACAGCACGCUCCAGUUCUUGGGCACGUGGUUGAGCAACCCCAUCGUGGCAGGCAUCAAGCAACUGGGCAACAGUGCAGACGUAAACAAGGGCGACCUUCAUCGUGCCCUAUUCGAGUAUCGGUGUCGUGUCGCAGAUGUUAUGCUUGCUCGCCAAGAGCCAUCACGCCAGCAGCCCCUGGCACGCUUGCUUGUAACCCUACAAAAUCCCGAGAGAACGAUCAAGUUCUGGCAAAAAGCAAUCCUGCAGCGCGCGUCCCCGUUGAACGAUAUAAACUUGCGCUUGAGCCUGCUUUUUCAGCUCAGUUGCCGUCAACCGGUGAUGGACAAUGGGCCUCGCAAGGCCAAGCCCUUGAAAAUGUGCAUGAACUGUGCCAUGAAGCCUGGGCGCCGUCCCAUUGCCUUUCGGCAAUUUCAAACUUGCAUCCGCUGUGAGGGCAUGGUCCCUGGCCAUUUGCAGGCCAAUGCUUGGCCAGAUGAGCGAACCGUAUUCUCUCAGCCGGCAUACUUGUGCUUGAAGCACUCGCGCAUGGAUGAUUGGUCGACUGCGACGUUUACCAAGUGCAUAUUUUGCAACGGCAUUUUGAUGGACCAAGCAACCUGGUAUCCAGUCCUCUUGUGCAUGACUUGUGCACGGACCGGCGGCAAGGUGUGCUGUCACACUGAAGGCGUCUCUAUAUGGGCACCAUCCUAG